CUCUAAACCCCCUGAGUAUUUACACCAGUCCAUUUCUAGUCUCUUCACGUCGCCGGAAAAUCCAACACAACCACCGUACAACCGUCGCUCAUCUCCGAUCAUCGGCGGAGGAAGCAAUCACACUUCACGAUCACACAAUCCGAGUCACAUACUUUCACUCAAUACGGUAGCCGGUCACUUUUAUAUUGCCGCUGGUGGAUCAAUCUAAGGAUGCAAGUUUGAGAGGAUUUUCUUACUGUGGAUAAAAAAAGAUGAUAGGCUUCAAGGCUAAAUUUCGAUUAGCAACGAUUGUUGUUCUUUCAAUCGGGAUCGCUCUUGUUGCUAUAUAUGAUUUGUUAAAGCCAAUUUCAAAUGGUUGUACCAUGACAUACAUGUACCCAACCUACAUUCCGAUAUCAGCACCUAAAAGUUUAUCUUCUUCAAAGUAUGGACUGUAUUUGUAUCAUGAAGGGUGGAAACAAAUUGAUUUUGAUGAACAUCUUAAACAACUUAACGGGGUUCCUGUUCUUUUCAUUCCUGGCAAUGGAGGUAGCUACAAGCAGGUCAGGUCCUUAGCGGCAGAAUCUGACAGAGCGUAUCAAGGGGGCCCACCUGAACCUAUGUUGUACCAAGAGGCUUCCUUAAUGUUUGAGGGAUUAGAGAUAGAUGAAACGAAUAUUCCUAUACUCAACCAAUAUGCACGAAGGCUUGACUGGUUUGCAGUUGACCUUGAAGGUGAACAUUCUGCAAUGGAUGGUCAAGUACUCGAAGAACACACAGAAUAUGUAGUACAUGCCAUUAACAGGAUUCUGGAUCAAUAUAAAGAAUCUCAAGAUGCUCGAGUAAAAGAAGGUGCUGUUGCAUCUGGUAGCCUGCCGAAUAGUGUCAUAUUGGUUGGCCAUUCUAUGGGCGGUUUUGUUGCUAGAGCUGCUGUUGUGCAUCCUAAUUUGAGAAAAUCAGCUGUUGAAACCAUUCUUACACUAUCAGCUCCACAUCAGUCACCUCCGUUGGCACUGCAACCGUCAUUAGGUCACUAUUUUGAAUACAUAAAUCAGGAAUGGAGAAAGGGAUAUGAGGUUCAAAACUCUAGAACAGGAGCUCAACUAUCUAGAGUGAUUGUUAUCUCCAUUUCUGGUGGUGGUAAUGAUUACCAGAUAAGGUCAAGGUUGGAAUCUCUUGAUGGUAUAGUCCCAACUACCCAUGGUUUUAUGAUCAGUAGCAUGGGGGUGAAGAAUGUAUGGCUAUCAAUGGAACACCAGGUUAUCUUAUGGUGUAAUCAACUUGUUGUGCAAGUUUCACAUACUCUUCUUAGUUUGGUAGACCCUGAAACGGGUCACCCGACUUCUGGCCCAAGGAAAAGACUAGCAAUAUUUACAAAAAUGCUUCAAAGUGGAAUGCCAGGAAGUUUGUCAGGGCGAUCGGAUUUUCAUCAGCAAUCGCCACGUCUUCCUUUACUGAAAGGGAGAAACUUUUUUGGAUCUGUGAGAAAAAAUAUUACCGCAUGUCCCAGUAAAAUUCGUUGGAGCGAUGAGGGACUUGAAAGGGAUCUUUACAUCAAGACACCAACAGUAACUAUUUUAGCAAUGGAUGGCAGAAGACGUUGGUUGGACAUAAAAGAACUGGGGUCAGAUGGAAGAACCAACUUUGUUCUUGUGACAAAUCUUCUUCCCUGCUAUGGAGUCAGACUUCAUCUUUGGCCCGAAAAAGGAACUUCUAUGUCAAAUUCGCCUCUUAGCAAAAGGGUUGUAGAAGUGACAUCAAGAAUUGUUCAGGUUCCAUCAGGACCAGCACCAAGGCAGAUUGAACCAGGAAGUCAGACGGAACAACCACCACCAUCAGCUGUAUUUUGGUUGGACCCUAAGGAUAUGCAUGGUUUCAGAUUCCUUACAAUCUCAGUUGCACCAAGCCCAACUGUUUCAGGGAGACCUCCACCCGCAGCUUCAAUGGCAGUUGGGCAGUUUUUCAACCCAGAGGAAGGCCGUAAAGAAUUUUCUCCUAAAUCGUUGCUUCUUUCUGUGUUUUCUCAGAAGGACAUUUUCAUUAAGGAGGAUCAUCCUAUUGUCAUGAAUAUUACAUUCAGUAUCAACUUAGGGCUUUUGCCAGCUACAGUUUCUCUAGAAACUACAGGUUGUGGAAUAAAAAAGUCUGGACUUCCUGUUGAAGAAGCUGGAGACAUGAAUAGUGGCAGACUUUGCAAGCUAAGAUGCUUUCCACCUGUCGCCCUUACGUGGGACCCUGCAUCUGGUCUUAACAUAUUUCCUAAUUUAAAUUCUCGUACAAUAGAAGUUGACUCAUCACCUGCACUUUGGAGCUCAACUCAGGGAUCUGAGCAGAGCAAUGUUUUGUUACUGGUUGACCCACAUUGUUCGUAUAAAACUAGUGCUGCUGUUUCUCUAACUGCUUCUGCCCGGAGGUUUAUGCUUCUAUAUAACUCCCAGAUCGUUGGUUUCUCGUUUUCUGUAGUAUUCUUUGCCCUAAUGAGGCAAGCUAAUGCAUGGGAGCUUGGUUUUCCUGUUCCUUCGUUGCUGUCUGCAGUAGAAUCAAAUCUGAGAAUGCCACUGCCGUUUCUUUCACUUGCUAUUUCACCCGUUCUGAUUGCUUUGUUUUAUUCCUAUCUAAGUUCAAAGUCGUUACCUUCAGUUGGUAGUUUCUUUGUUGUCUCAAUGAUUUGCUAUCUAAUAGCAAACGGGACCGUAAUAGUUUUAGUAUUAACCACACUAAUCCUCUCCCAUUUGGUUGCCAGAAUACACGUCUUCUUCAAGACAAGGUGGAGAUGGUGGAUACUUGAUCUCUCCACUAGUUUUUUCUCAUUUAAGGUCACUAGGGUCAUAAACGCCAAUCCGUCAUUGGCCACAUCACUUCUUGCUAUCGUUUUAGUCUAUUUUGUCCAUCCAGCUUUAGGUCUCCUUAUUCUGGUGUUCUCACAUGUGCUAUGCUGUCACCAUGCAUUGUGCAGCUUUCUUACAGCGUCCAGUGAGGCUCGGGCCGAAGAUUUAUUCGGGUUUGGAAGUGGAAUCAAGAAAAUUGAAUCGGAGGUGGGAUUACCUGUGGAUGACCACAGUUCCAGCUCCCCGGACUCUACGAGAAGCUAUGGUGACACACAACUAGAGAUGUUCCACCACCGCCAUGGCUUGCUAAUUCUCGAUCUUCUUUGUCUGCUCAUGUUUCUUCCUUCACUCGUUGCUUGGUUGGAGAGGCUAAGCAUGAGCCACAACUUCCCAUGGCUCUUGGAUUCCAUGCUCUGCAUGGGUAUCAUUCUGCACGGUAUCUGCAACUCGAAACCCGAGUUUAACGUCUUCUUUCAGAUACCCGGAACGAGAGGGUAUGAAAUUAGACAAGGGUUUGUGUACAUGAUUGCUGGGUAUUGUUGUUAUCUUUGGGGUUUAGAUUUAGCUCCUUACAAAGCUUUCUAUGCUAUAGCUGCCAUAGGAGUGGUAUCAUUUAUUUUCAGAAUUAUGGAAAGAAGAAACCGAAACAGUAGAAAGCAUUCCCAUCGACACUGAAAAUUGGUUUUUGUACAAAACAACAAAUAUAUUUAGUGUUUACAGUUGCGAGUUGUGCUAUGGAUUUGAUUGGUUACGGUCCCAGAAUUUUGAUGAAUGUGAUAGUUUUUUGGGUA